AUGGAUGCUCGGUUUCCCAUUUCGCGUGAUGAUCUGUAUAGCCUACAGAUGGAGGUGAAGCAAGUUCAAUAUACCCAAAGCAAUCAUGCGGAGCGGCUGUCGAGAUUAGAGAAGCGAAGUGCGGACGAUUCAGCUUUGAAGUCAGUGUGGAAUUCCCCCUUCCCAGGAAUUUUGGGUGGUACGCCACACCAAGGGCCCGUCCAAACGUCACACAAUGAUGGUUUUGAUGACUUGGAUGUCCAGGGGGAACAACUGCUUGGCUCACUUCAUCUCGGCCCGGCUGAAGAGGAACCCGUGCGACGGGGUGCGGCUUCGCGAGCUAAUAGUGUUAGGUUCGAUGAAAGUGCCUUGCAUGGCUCCAGCUGGGGUGGCCAAAGCAAUCGGCAUUCGGGGGACUUUGGGCCUUUGCGACCUGGCAGCGGCCUUAUGAUGGAACGCACCCUGUCUCACAAAUCUGAUGGAAGACACAGCUCUGCUGGCCACUCAGUUCACUCUCACCUUUCGGUAGCAUCUGGUCGGGCGAGCAGUCUUGGGCUCGAUACCAACUGCGCAGGCGGUGAUGACGACUCUUCCUCGUUUGAGAUACCCGGGCCACCUGUGUCUCUCUAUGUGCUAGGCACCGUGCCAUCAAUCGUUCGAUGCUGGCUAACCACAAACUUCGCUCAUGGAACUCUUUUGUACGCAGACGUUUGCACCGGCUCGCAAAAGUCCAUUGUCGAUUCGUCUUUGCUCAAGGAACUGGACCUCUUGGGAGAAGUGCAACGAGAUAGUGACGGAGUUGAUCGAAUCAGACUUGAUGUAUAUCUGGCUGAAGCAGUGGUUACGCGCCACGAAAACCCCAAUGGAAGUUCCACAGGCGGAGUCCCUUCCAUGGCGGUUGCAUUCGAGGUUACAGGAAACGAGCAUUCCAGUACGAUUAGCGAUCGUAAGGGUAUUCGGAUUUAUAUUGGAAGCGACGCCUUGAGGGCCCAUUCAGCGGAUAUUUUCUUCUCGCAAAACACCAUGGUCCUGUAUGGAAAUGAACAAGAACGGCUACGAGUUCCGUUUGUGCGGCCAGAGGAUGAAAAUACUUUCAAGUAUAUAUACACGACGAGCAUAGCACCCGGAAAGCCCAAGUUGAAUGCCAACGCAACACCAUUUGUUCUUGGAGACAGCCGGACCCUGAAUAACAGUAGGACUGGCGCGUCUUCUCCAGGGACGCAGCACGAAAAAGCAGCGCCGAGUCAGCCGAUAUCAUGUCAUGGAUCGGAUAUCGAAUCUCGCAAAUCAGAGGAGCAGCAAGCAGCUUCAGAGCAUGGUGGCGAUGGUGACAAUCACGGACGAGAAGCCAGCUAUUCCGAAACGAGCGGGAAAGAUGGCACGAACGCUUCAGAGGUAUCCCGACGGGAGACGUCAUCAACCUCUACUGGAAUAUGGGGUUCCUGGCGACAAGGCGCUGGCGCCGGGGCAGAUGGGGCACAGCGAGAAACAGGCCUCCUAAGCGGCUACCAGCCGGCCGGUCGCAGUGGUCGAAACAUGAAAGUUUUGAAACCUGUCAAAUCAAGCUCUAGCUCUGCUCGAACCGGUACUUCGUAUGAGCCGCCCUUGCCGCCCAGAUCGUCGACCGAGAGCAGACGCAAGAGCCAGGCCAGCCUGAACUGUGAUGGAGGUGGCGGCGUCAGCAUAGCCAACCGUUGGGACGUUAGACGGUCUGUCAGCUCAGGUGCAGAGCUCAAGGCGGAAAGCUCGAGUCGGGAGUAUCAAAAGGGAGCAACACUGCCACGAUCUGCCAACCCAGUUGGAGUGGGUUCUGCGUUCUCGUGGAUGACCCCGGCCACCAAGGCGUCCAAGACUUCGUCAACGGGAGGGUGA